GCAGCAACUAAAUAUAAGCGCCAACCCUCACUGAUGCAUUCCCUGUCGUUCUGUCACUACUUCGGGUCACCUGUUUUCUCUCCGCGUAUUUUGGAGUAUGGCGACCACGGUUGAACAAUCCCAAAGGCUUGACGACUUGCAUUCGCAAUGGAGCGAUUUUCAGAUUCUGUUCGAUCCUAAUUUGCCCGAUCUCCCAUUGGAGAGUCAAUGGUUUGAUGCUUCGGUGUUCCAGCCUGACUUUACCGGCGGAUUUCAAACUGUACAGAACAUGGACGGGAUAUUACAUGAUGGCAUUUUUGAUCCUCAUAUUUCCGGAAACGCCCUUCCUGAAGCUGUGACCAUGGAAGAUAACUCCAUGGAUGUGCACCUAAGUGGUGGACUCGAUGCUGGGCAAGUAACCGAACCCACGUCGCUCGCUUGGACGGGAUCCAACGUGGUCAUAUCCACAACAUUGGAGCAGGCCAAUAACCAGGCAGAAUCAAGUGCAACAGCGCAGAAACGACGGGCCCCCCAACCGCGAAUCCCAGAACAUACGAGAAAGAUACUGGAGACAUAUUACUCCCAAAACACCUACCCGGCUGCUUGGGAAGUCGAGUUGAUUGCGCGGGAGACAGAGCUGGAAGUUAAAAGAGUUCGCAAUUGGUUCAGCAAUGCUCGCGCACGGAGACCAGUGGAAGUGGAAGACGAACAUAUCCAUCCUAAGAGUGAUCAAAUUAGCCACCAGCUUCGCGCCCCACUGUCGAAAGAGAGUCUUGAAAAGCUAGAGCAGCAACCACACCCAGAGCAGCAGCGGCCUAUCGAAAAAUGGGUAAAUUCUUCCUUACGGUCAGAGCCAGCUUCAGUCGCUGCCAUAGAGUCAGCAGUCGAGAGAAGAAGGCUUACGUCCCCACCACUCUCUCUCUUGAACCCCCCGCGCGGGAAGGCUUCCCGAAAGCGAAGCGCCUCAAACAUAAGUAGACCAGCUUCUGUGGUGUCCGCGAGGAAUUCGUCUGCAGGCUCUGCCAAGACACGGCGUACAAGCUACACAACAUCUUCAAAGGGAAGUCAUACCUCCUCAUACAGUCGGGGUUCGCGACGGGGUCGGAAACGUUUUUCAUUAUUACCAGCAGGCCACAAUGCGAAGUUGCUCAACAAGAAGCAGGAAGCCGUAUCUGGAAAUUUUGUGUGUUUGGAACCAAAGUCCAGGGAUCGCAAGCAGUCUUACUUCUGUACUUUCUGUUUUCAACGCUUCAAGAAUCAUUACGAGUGGGCACGCCAUGAAGAGUCAGUUCACGUCCCCCAAGAGACCUGGGUCUGUUGUUCCAAAGGAUUCUGGUACCAGAACUGCAGCUUUGGCGGGGCUCAUCUCCCUGGUGGUUCUGCCUAUUACCGUGAUAAUGAUUGCCAUAAGGAACGAGCCUGUCGCAGCAAACCAGAGGAAUCGCGAACUUUUUAUCGACGAGAUCAAUUCAUUCGACAUAUCCACGAUGUCCAUUAUGCUAAGCGGAAGCAUCCUGAUCCUCUCCUUGGUUGCUCCAAAGGUUCCACAUCUGGCUGUGCUGCUUUAGUAAAGCAAUGGCGACGCGCCGCUCCUCCGCUACAUGAACACGAUCCCGCCUUACACUGUGGCUUCUGUGGCGUAUGGUUUCUGGAUUGGGAGCAACGUCGUUCUCACGUAUCCGGUCAUUUCAAAGAAGGGAAUAAAGAUGUCUCUACCUGGUGGCCCGGCCGCUUGCCGCAGCAGCUAAGCCUUGUUUCUAUUCCCCAACAUUCGAAAUUCAAGCGAUGUCGCUAUUGCCGCCAGAUAUUUCACUCGUCCUUAGAUCACUCCCACACCAAAUGUGAAAUAUGGUCAUGCCGAUUCCUUGGAAGUAUUGAAAGUCUCGCAUCUGAGUGCGGUUUCCGACCUGAUAUCCCUCAGCAGAACCUUCAGUCGCACAUUGCGCAAUUCUUCCUAGGCCAAAAGGAGUUCUUCCUCACCCCAAAACGUUAUCGAAGCUACCGUGAAUGCAACCAAGAUUUUUUCCAGUCGGCUCUAGACUUUUGCUGGCAUCUGCGGGAUUUCCAUGGCGCUGUGAAUGUAUCGGUUCUCGAAAAUUACGAUAUUUUAGAGGAGAACUUUUCAAGAACAUGGGUCCCUGUAUUUGAACCGGUAGAAGACGGUCCGGGCGUGGAUGCGCCCGAUAAGUUGGCAGGACGACUUCAAAACCCUACCUCUGCGCCUACAUCACGUCACUUCUCAGCACACUCGGCUGUAAAUGCAGUCCCGGAAGUUAAUUCACGUCGUCUUACACAAAGCUUGUCUCUUUCGAUUCCGAAGCAGACUAGUUCCACUAAAGUCAACCAAGUUCGCCGUGAAAACAUGCAUACAAAUCUAGCUCCUACUUCCGAGCGCACAACGCGCUUACAUACACACACACCUUCUUCACACUCCACGACUCUCACGGGUCGCUCUAGUGACCCCUCUAUGGUCAUAAGCGAUCUAGGCGGCAGGGGGCCGGAACUUAGAUUAUUCGAGAGGCUCAAGUGUUAUCCACCACGUUUUUUCCAUACUAUUUUCUCUCCUUUACCGGGACUGUAUUACUUGAAGGGCAGUAAGACAUCUUCCGAGCUAGAUGCGGAUAGACUUGGAUUGGUAGAGCUCUCAAAUAGUUACAUUGGAUCUCUCGUGAUGACGUCGACUCUGGUGGGCAUGGCUGGGUCGGGGUGGGCGCCGUCUAUGGAGAGAGAUGAUGAGACGGGGCUGAUUGAAUUUGCGAUGGAGGACUAAACACUGAAUGUCGUUAAAUUCGUCCACUUCCUUGAACUGCCCUGAAAAGUGGAUGGUUCACUCUUUAGCAAUCAGAAG